AUGGGACACGAAACAAUGGCGACGGCGACCACCAAGCCGACGACACUCGUCUUCACGUACGGAACUCUGAAGAGAGGCUUCUCCAAUCACGUCCUGAUGCAGGAUCUGAUCCGAUCCGGCGACGCCUCUUUCAAAGGAGUCUAUCAAACCCUGGAAAAACAUCCCCUCGUCUGUGGACCUUACCGAGUCCCUUUCCUCCUCAACAAGCCCGGAUCGGGCCACCACGUCACCGGCGAGCUUUACGCGGUUUCUCCUCGGGGCCUCUCGCGUCUAGACGAGCUCGAAGGGAUCAGUCGCGGCCAUUACGUCCGGCAGCCGAUCCGACUCGCCGCGAAGGCGGAAGAGGGAGGAGAUCUGGAAACAGAGCGGUCGUCCUUGUCGUGCGUCGUGGAGGCUUAUUACGCGCACAAGAGCUACGAGGAGGAGCUAUGGGAGAGGAAUCGAGGGAGAUCGUUCGGCGCGUACACGGAAAACGAAGCGCGUGGAUAUGUGAAGCGCAACGAUCGGCCUCAGCAUCUUAGCUUUUUAGAUCAUAUCCGUAUUUUCGUAUCUUCUCCAUGUGACUGA